AUGAGGGGCUUGCUAGUGCUGCUUUGCGUGGUCGCGGCUGUUAGCGCAGUUUCGUUCUUCGACCUGGUCAAGGAAGAGUGGAACGCGUUUAAGAUGGAGCACAACAAAGAGUACGAGAGUGAGGUGGAGGACAAGUUCCGCAUGAAGAUCUACGCCGAGAACAAGCACAAGAUCGCGAAGCACAACCAGAAGUUCGCGCGGGGGCUCGUCACGUACCGUCUCAAGCAGAACAAGUAUGGUGACAUGUUGCACCACGAGUUCGUGCACACCAUGAACGGCUUCAACAAGACCGCCAAGCACAACAAAACACUGUACGGCAGCAAGGGUGCAGAAGUACGAGGCGCUAGCUUCAUCGCUCCAGCUAACGUGAAGUUCCCCGACCAGGUGGACUGGCGCAAGCACGGUGCAGUCACUGAUGUCAAGGACCAGGGCAAGUGCGGCUCUUGCUGGUCAUUCAGCGCGACGGGAGCGCUGGAGGGGCAGCACUUCCGCAGCAGCGGCUACCUGGUGUCUCUCUCGGAACAGAACCUCAUCGAUUGCUCCGCGCCCUACGGAAACAACGGCUGCAAUGGCGGCCUCAUGGACAACGCCUUCAAGUACAUCAAGGACAACCGCGGAAUCGACACUGAGCAGACCUAUCCGUACGAGGCCGUCGACGAUAAGUGCAGAUACAACCCGAAGAACGCUGGCGCAGAUGAUGUUGGCUUCGUGGACAUCCCUCAGGGAGAUGAGGAGAAGUUGAUGCAGGCUGUGGCCACGGUGGGCCCCGUGUCUGUCGCUAUUGACGCCUCGCAAGAGUCCUUCCAGUUCUACUCGGACGGUGUCUACUACGACGAGAACUGCUCCUCCUCCAACCUCGACCACGGGGUGCUGGUGGUGGGGUACGGCACGGACGAGGACGGCGGCGACUACUGGCUGGUGAAGAACUCGUGGGGCCGCUCGUGGGGCGCGCUGGGCUACAUCAAGAUGGCGCGCAACCGCGACAACCACUGCGGCAUCGCCUCCUCUGCUUCCUACCCGCUGGUCUAG